GUCUUAACCAUUAGCAUUGGUAAAUAUUAAGGUGUAAGUAUGUUAUUAAUUACUUCUUACACGUGAUAGUUAUGGAUGAGUAUAGGAUUAAUUCGAUUCAUAACUGCUUGCUUUAAUUCGAUCUUAAGAAAUUACACAGACGAUGAACUAUGUGAAGGCAUUUGACAUUGAAUUGGGCUUACGAGAAUUAGGCCCAAAAACGAAUUGGUUGUAAUAAUUGGUACUUAUUAAUAAUUGCUAGGCCCAAAUGGCCCAAUAGGUACCCUUACAUAUAUAUAUAUUUGUCUAAAGAUUUGAGUUCAGUGACGACCUGUGCCUCGAGGCGGAGAUGGCCGCGACUACAACAAAUCUUAGGCUCUUCUCUCCUGUAUACCUUGCUCUUUCGUCAACUGUAAACCGUAGACGUCUCCAUGGCAUCAACAAGAGGUCACAAACUCGUAUCUUCUUUCCCGCUAAACCCUUCCCUUCUCUAUCUAUCAAAAUCGCUGCAUCAUCAUCCCCUUCGCGGCCUACCUGUACCCCGCUAACUCCUCUCUAUCCCACGACUCGGCCAUCCACACUCACCUGGUCGACUCGGUCAUCUACCGAGUUGACUCGGUCUCUGGCCACUCUGGCGGCAUUAGCAAUCGCUCUAGCCAGAGCCUUAGCUUGUAAACUCUCUCUCGCAGCUCACACAUCGGCAUUACGAUUAUCUCUCCAAACCGGCGGGACUGUCUUCUUGGCGUCGCUCCGGGAACGGCCGCCGGGGUAUUUGAUCACGCCGCAGACGGUGGUAGCGGUGGUGAUGAAGAAGUGGGUAGAUAUAUACAGUGAUGUAUUGAUGCUUAGGUUGUUGCUGACUUGGUUCCCUAAUCUCCCUUGGGAGAGACAGCCUUUGUCAGCCAUUAGAGAUAUGUGUGAUCCUUACUUGAGUCUCUUCAGAAACAUCGUUCCUCCUAUCUUCGGCGAGGAUCUCAGUCCGAUGCUUGCUUUGGCUGUUCUUGGUACACUCGGAUCAAUUCUUGACGUAAGCACGUGAUAAAAGGAGAAUCCUUUGAUCAGUAAGAAGAACACCAUCGGUUUCUUGCUGGUCAAGUUUUUGAAAAGUUUUUGUUUUGAAACAUCUAUGAAUGGGAAAGUAUGCAUUUUUUUUAUUUGUUUCUAGGAAAACAGAAAAUUUGAUACUAGUUGUUUGAGACUAAUUAAAAACUGUUAUUUUCUAGCAAACCUAUUACCAGUGUUGUGCAAAGCAUUUUA